CAUUAAAAAAUUAUUCGAUCUGCUUUGGGGUUAUGUUUGGUGCUCUCUCAUUUCUCUUAAAAUUUUUUCUCUAGUUACAUUUUCCUCAUUUGAUUUUUAGGAAGAGAUCAAAUUCAAAAUGAAAGCCAAAGGAGAUUUGAAAGAAUAUGAGGUCAUCGGACGCAAGUUGCCGACCGAAAAGGAGAAGACUACACCUUUAUAUAAGAUGAGGAUUUUCGCUCCAGAUCGCAUUGUUGCCAAAUCUAGAUUUUGGUAUUUCUUAAGACAACUUAAGAAGUUCAAAAAAAGCACAGGAGAAAUUGUGUCAUUGAAACAAGUUACCGAUAAAUCUCCAACCAAAAUUAAGAACUUUGGAGUGUGGUUACGUUACGAUUCAAGAUCAGGCACACACAACAUGUACCGUGAAUACAGAGACACCACUGUAGCUAGUGCUGUCACUAAAUGCUACAGAGAUAUGGGUGCUAGACAUAGAGCCAGGGCUCAUGCUAUCCAGAUCAUUAAAGUGGAAGUUGUGAAGGCUAAGAACACCAGAAGACCACAUGUGAAACAAUUCCACGACAGUGAUAUUCGUUUCCCUCUACCUCACCGUGUUGAAGGAAAACGUCGUCGUUAUAACACAUUCUCUAUCCGACGCCCAACAACCAGUUUCUUGUAAAAUGGAUAUUAUAUUUGAUUUUUCUGAAUAAAAAAGGAUUCAAUUUAAUAUUUUUAA